AUGGCUUCCACAAAGGCUGUGAUUCUGGUCGGUGGUCCUUCUCGAGGCACUCGGUUCAGACCGUUGUCUCUAGAUGUUCCGAAGCCACUAUUCGAAGUCGCCGGUCACCCAAUUAUCUCACACUCCCUCAAAGCCGUCGCCAAAGUCCCUGGUCUCCGUGAGGUCAUCUUGGUAGGAUAUUACGACGAAACCGUUUUCCGAGACUUCAUCAAGGAUGCCGGCAAGGAGUUUCCACACUUGCGCAUUCAAUAUUUGCGCGAAUAUCAAGCAUUGGGUACCGCUGGCGGUCUCUACCAUUUCCGUGACGCAAUCCUAAAGAACAAACCGGAGCGAUUCUUCGUCUUGAAUUCGGAUGUCUGCUGCUCCUUCCCGCUUGGAGAGAUGUUGAAGCUGUUUGAAGAGAAGGAUGCCGAGGCCGUUAUUCUGGGAACACGAGUUAGCAACGACGCUGCCACGAACUUUGGUUGUAUUGUGUCGGAUGCGCAUACGAAACGCGUUUUGCACUACGUCGAGAAGCCCGAGUCCCACAUUUCGAACCUGAUCAAUUGUGGUGUAUACUUGUUUGCGACCGAGUGCAUUUUCCCUUCGAUCCGCAGUGUCAUCAAGCGCCGUGCUACCCGUCCGCGAUUGCUCUCUUACCCCUCAUCGGAAAAUCUUGACUCUUCGUUCAUUGCUGAAGACGACGAGGCCGAAAAGCCAGAGGUCCUCCGCUUAGAGCAGGAUAUUCUUUCUGAUCUGGCCGACAGCAACCGCUUCUUCGUCCACGAAACCAAAGAUUUCUGGCGCCAAAUCAAGACAGCCGGCUCCGCAGUACCUGCCAACGCCUUAUACCUGCAAAAGGCCUGGCAAGCUCAGUCUGACGAACUCGCUCAUCCUUCCGCUCUCAUUGUGCCACCCGUCUACAUCCACCCUACAGCCGAAGUUGAUCCUACCGCGAAGCUUGGUCCGAACGUCUCAGUCGGCCCACGCGCCGUGAUUGGUGCUGGUGCUCGUGUCAAGGAAUCUAUCAUUCUGGAAGAUGUCGAGAUUAAGCACGACGCUUGCGUUCUGUAUUCUAUCAUCGGAUGGGGCAGUCGUGUAGGUGCCUGGGCGCGUGUAGAAGGUACGCCAACACCGGCUGGUAGCCAUUCGACGAGCAUUAUCAAGAAUGGAGUCAAGGUGCAGAGUAUCACGAUAUUGGGUAAGGAGUGCGGUGUGGGUGAUGAAGUGCGAGUACAGAACUGUGUCUGUCUGCCGUAUAAAGAGUUGAAGCGGGAUGUCACGAAUGAGGUUAUCAUGUAG